UCAAAUAUAGACCCAACAAUAACAAUACCAAAACUCAAAUGGGAAAAUGAUUUAACUCUCUUCCUCAGCUCCGACUUCUGAACAGAAAUUUGCAAUAACAUCUUUUCUAUGACCAGCAAUGUAAACUUACAACUUAUACAAUACAAGACCAUUUACAGGACCCAUAUUACACAAAGUGAAAUGUUUAAAAUCAGUUUCACUGACACAGACAUCUGCUCAAAAUCAUCUGCUCUGUCACUUGGCUUCUGAAAUUUCGCUCUGCUCGUGGUAACUUUAUUGUGGAUUAUGUGUCCCCAGAGCUAAAACCGAAACCUAAAGCAGUUUUUAUAUUUUUCCAGUGUUAAAACCUCCCAUACAUGUAUGUAUACUGUUUAAACACUACAAAUGGACACACUUUUGUCCAGAAUAGUAGAGGAAUAAAGCAGUAACUUCAAGAACAUGAAUGUGUAUCAUUGAAGCAAGCAUACUUAUUUGGCUUCUUGCUGAUGCAAAAAUACCAUAACAGAGAAAUCUUAUAGUAAAAAAAAAAAAUCUGUCUAGAUUAUAAAAUAUAUACUGGUUUGAAAAAUAUGCUUUUGAGGUUAAUGUGUAUGCACACAGAGCAGCUGAUAACACCUGGUUGGAGAGGCACUGUCAUUUUGCUGACUGAAAAAUAUGAUGAUUCUGAUGAUUUGAAGAUAUGUUCAUAGGAAGAAGUGUGUGUUGCAAUCACAUGCACAGUGAAGAGAGUGAGUGAGAGAGAGAGAGAGAGAGAGAGAGAGACUGUUCUUAUUAGAGGCAGCAGGCACUCCUUUCUCUUUAUCUCCUGCUGUUUCUCCCACAAACAAGGACAUAAGAGGAGGUAAGAAACAAGCUCUUUAAAUCAAAACCAAAUUGCACUGAAGCUGCUUUUCAAAAUGGCUUUAAGACAGACUGUAAACAUUUUGGUUACUGUCGACUUUAGAAAUCUGAAUAUUAUUCGCUUUUAUAAUUACAGAAUCACAACUGUUAUCAGUAACUUUGACACAGGUUAGUGCUGCUACACUAGAGACCAAACUAGGUGUGUUCCCAGGAGUGGGCGCAUGCAUGCUUUUCUCAUUCCAGCUGAACACAAACAGGUCCAGUCUAGAUGUACAUUUACACAGGGCCCCAGGACAGCAGAGGCUGCAGACAAAUGCAGUAGAUUCCUUUCUCUUUCAUCAUUACUGCAUUUACAACACCUCACAGAGGUACUGUGUGUAUCCUUGUAGCAAUGAUGUUGUGGGGGUAAAAAUAUGAUUACCCAGUCACUUGGUGGGGCAUUGACAUCCAUUACAGGUCAAAAAUCAGGUCCUUAGGAGGUUAACUAUCAUCUUUUAAAUGGGCAGGUAUAGGGUUUGCAGGUAAGCAUUUGGUUAUAGCUCAGGACAAAAUAACUCUCCAGCAAAUAAAUGAAGCCAAUGCAUUGUCCUCUAGCAUGAUAAAAACAAGUAUUUCUGUGAUUGUCUGACAUUGUUUGAAGAGAGUCAACAAAAUGCAGUGCAACACUUGCAUAAAACAUGCUAGAUAUUUCUUUGUUGAGACAGACAAUUACUAAAGAAUGAAACUGAGCAAAUAUAGAAAGGAAGUCCGUGGUGUGGUUUUGACAUGACACCACGGACUUACAUCAGCAUGUAUGUUUUUUCAUACUUCAUAUGCACUCAUGCAAGUUACACAUUUUCUUUGUUAAUGGCAAAAUUAUUAUAUGUCACAUGAAAAAUAGCCAGAAAAUGAACUGUAAAAGUCUGUGACAUCAAGUCAAUGCCUGCUGUUUCAAUUCCAGUUUGACAUCGCCUCAAUGGCUGAUAUGAGUGGAACACAACUUCCUGUGCACCAGCCUCUAACCAGCCCCAACAGCUCCAGUAGCCCAUGGCAGACAGAGGCGGUCAAGGGAGUCCAAAUUGCAGUUACUCUGCUAAUCUUCCUGGUGGGCGUACCUUUGAAUGGGCUAGUGGUCUGGGCACUUGGACUGCGAGGUCAUCGUCACCUGGUGCGCAGAGGCAGCAAUGAGGAGACACGUGCUGCCAGCAGUUUCCGCGUUUAUGUCCUGAACCUGGCCCUGGCUGACCUGGUGCUGCUCCUGCGUACCCCCAUCAUGUUGGGCUAUGUCGCUCACAACUACAGCUGGCCGUUUGGCCGUGCCUUCUGCCACAUGAUCAUGUUCCUGCGAGGCCUGGGGUUGUACGCCUCGGCUUUCCUUCUCUGUGCUGUGGCCCUGGAGCGAUGCUUGUGUCUGCUCAGGCCUGUGUGGGCUGGACUACGACGACCCUCCUGGGCUGUUCCACUGGUCUGUGGCAUCUUGUGGUUUGUAGCCACCAUCCUGUCUACCCCCUACCUCCACUACGCUGUUCUGGUAGAAGAGAACGGGACAUACCAGUGUCUGGAAAGUGGGAACUUUAACACUGGACUGUUUGUUACAGAAACAAUAGCAGGCUUCAUCUUGCCCCUACUGGUGUUUUUAGGAAGUAACUUGGCUGUUCUGCUCACCAUUCAUCAAGCACUGCCCUCCACGCCCACCUCCUCCAACCCGUCAACUGCCCGCAGGAUGACCAGGAUGUACCACGUGCUCUUUUUCACCAUGCUCCUCUUUCUGACAUGCUGGGUGCCCUAUUUUGUUUUUCGGUUCCUACGGGCCUUGUCUGUGGGGGAACCUGAACGGGCUACACUGUUUGGAAGGGCGGUACUUGGCAUAUACAUCUCUCUUUUCCUGGUGUACAUCAAGAGUGCUCUUAACCCCGUGCUGUAUGUGCUUGUUGCUCGAGGCCUAAGCCGUGCUAUCAGAGCCUCACUUGUCUCCACCAUUGAGCGACUUUUCAAUGACGACUCCACAGACUCCAUACGACGAAAGUCACUUAAGAACUCUCAAAUGUAGUCAGGAGGUCAACAAUGUUUUUAAAUUUUAAGCAGUUUUUGUGCAGUUUUUCAGAAACAUCUUAGAGAAUACUUUUCACUGGUUUAUCCCUCUAUUUGCUCAAACUCCUAGAAAUGAGCUAUGUAAAUAUAACAAAGAGGUUGGGUUACUAAAUUUGUAGCAUGUGCUUAAGGCCAUUGUUUUACAAAUGGAUCUGAAUGACACAUCAAGAACAAAAAGAGGUGAAACUGGUGGAUUUCAUUACUAUUUAAUCUGUGGUAUGGUCAUGCUGUAUGUGUCAUCAGUAAACCUAGAUGACUAAAGACUUUAGAAAUGCUGCUUCUGUUGUGGCAUGCCGAAGGCAGGGUCAUACCAUAGCUGGCUUAAAAAUUAAUUCAUGAAUCAUCUUGUCCAUUUGCAUGUUCUUUUCUAAUCCACACAAAAUAUUCUAGGAACACUUUGUUUUUUGUACUCAAAACAUGUACAGAGCCUGUAACAAGUAGCAGUAUUAGUAACAUCUAUAUAUCAGUUCAUACUCAGAUUACAAUAAAAAUGACUAUUCCUAUAAACACAAACUGUAAAUGGCAAUGGUGAAACUCAUCCAUCAAAUCUAUGGGAAACGACAAAAGCCGGCCUGUGGGAUAUAAUGAUAUCCUAACUGGAUUAAAGCUCCAAGAUCCUGAGUCAGAGCAUAAAUACAGUGCAGUUGGUCAAAGGAAAUUUUUGACAAACUCUUAAAUGCUUGAUGUGCACUUAUUAAACCCAGAAAGCAAAAGCAGCUUUAUUCCUAGAGAAGGAUACAAGACAUGAAUACUGGGCAUUAAUAAAGAACAAUGUGGUAGUGCACUGCCCGGCCACAUUAAUAAUCACACUGUACAACUGCAUGCCAACUGUAUACACCAAAAACAAAUGUACUCAUUCAUUCUGUGAAGUUAUUUUAAUCUAUUCAUAUAAAAGUGACUUUUUAAACCUACAUAUGAUUUUUUUUUUUUGCUUUUUCUUUUCUUAUAAUUUAUGUUUUUAAAUACUACUGUUUAUACCAGUUCUAUAACUCUUUCUCACACAUAGUGGCUGCAUUUGAUUAUUGCCGGUGCUCCACAACCACAAAAAGUCAAACUGAGUAACAUUACAACUAAGAUUUCCAAACCAGUCUGUCUAACUAUGUGUCAUGCCUGCAAACAUCUUAUACCUAUAAAUUUGAUAUAUA